AUGAGGGCUUCUGUAUUCACGGCUGCGGCUUCCGCGGCGGCGGUAGCCUUGUGUUCCGGAGUGUCGGGGUUUGUCUUCGCACCGCCUCUGGCUGCAAAGCGAGCUGGAGUACCGACGACGGGCAAAGCAUCGCCGUGCGCAUCCACGGCUCCUCGCCAGAGAUGGACGUCGUCCUUGAAAAUGGCUGCGGACGAAUUCGACGGGGAUGCGGUCAUGGCUUCGGCUCAGGAACGGAUGGACAAAUCGGUGGAGAGCGUGCGGCUUAACCUCGAGACCCUCCGAACCGGGCGGGCAAACCCCAAGAUCCUGGACCGCGUGGUCGUGGAGUGUUACGGGGCGGAGACGCCGCUUAACCAGGUGGCCUCCGUGAAGACCACCAGCGCCACCGCGCUCUUGGUGGAGUCGUACGAUCCGACUAUCCUGGCCGACAUCGCCGCCGCCAUCCAAGAGGCGGACUUGGGCCUAACUCCGAACAACGACGGCACCGUGAUCCGGUUGAACAUGCCGCCCGUGACGGAGGACCGCAGAAAGGAACUCGCUAAGGAGGCCAAGGGCCUUGGAGAAGAGGGGAAGGUUGCGAUUCGCAACAUCAGGCGGGAGGCUGUGGACACGGUGAAGAAGGCCGAAAAGGCCAAGAACUUGGGCAAGGACCAGUCUAAGGAUGCACAAGACGCGAUCCAAAAGCUCACCGAUAAGACUACGAAGACCAUAGACGAGAAGGUUGCCGCCAAGGAGAAGGACAUCCUCAAAGUGUAAACGUACCAGGUCUACGUUAUGUACGAGUUCUACGUAAGCAAGUGUAGAGACCGUCUGUCCCUAGAUAGUCUACUUAGAGAAGUUUAAGUACUUCAUAUUAGAGCGUACCGCCGCCCCAUGGGCGAUUUGUUGUGGUCGUCUUCAUCAUCUACAAUUUGCCGCAGCUGGGCUCGAACCCACCCAUUUCGGGCGGAUGCCCACGGCAAAACAUACAAGUGGCUGAGGUGGUCGGUGCGGUGUGGGCGAAAAUGUCUCGGUACGUUUGGGAAUGGCAAGAAAAUUUACCUUCU